UUUUAUUAAAUUACUACAUUAGGAUUAUCAACCCACCAGGACAACCACAACAAACCAAUGGUCAACCAAACCAAAUCAAACUCUAAAGUGAACAACUAUCCUUAAACAUUUGUACACAUAGCAAAAUUCAUUGAGAGCUCAUUCAAAAGCCACUACAGAAAAAAAAAAACCUAGGAUUAAAAUCAAAUGAGGCCAUGGGAGAAAGAUUACCUCGACGUUAUUCUAGUCCCGUCGGGCUUACUUCUCAUGCUCGGUUAUCAUCUCAUCCUCGUCUACAGAUAUCUCAAGUGCCCUCAAUACACCGUCAUCGGUUACGAGAAUCACAACAAGCGAGCAUGGGUCAGAAGAAUGCUUCAGGUGGAAAUGAAGGACAGGGGGCCGGCAAUAUCCGUGAUCAGCAGCAACAUAACUGCAGCCACAGCACUUUCGACGAUUUCCCUAGUUUUGAGUUCCGUGAUAGGGGCUUGGAUCGGAAGUUCAUCGAUGGCUAAUAUUUUCACGGGGAGAUAUAUAUACGGUAAUAGAAGCCAGUCGAUUGUGUACGUAAAGUACGUGUCUCUUCUUUCUUGCUUCUUGGUGGCUUUCGUAUGUUUCGUUCAGACAGCUAGGUAUUUUGUUCAUGCUAAUUUUCUGAUAAGUAUGCCGAAUAACGAUAUACCCGUGGGGUGCGUGGUGAAGGAGGUGAUCAGAGGGAGUCAUUUCUGGCUUGUGGGACUUAGAUCGCUCUUCUUCGCAACGAGUAUGCUGCUGUGGAUAUUCGGACCCAUUCCCAUGUUUCUUUGCUCGGUGAUUAUGGUUCUAUUGUUGAUGAAUUUCGACAGGAAUACGACCCCACUUCAUCAGUAUAAAUAAGCAUUGAAUCUUGUGCAGGAUUGAUUACUUUGUUGUUGAAGGGUUUAUUGUAAAGUUUUUAAUCAUUUUGGCAGCAUUGCUGAAUUAAUUAAAAGAUUAAUCGCAAGAUAUUCAUUG